AAUAAAAUACACGAGUAAAAAAAAUUGUUACCCUUAGCUGGAAGUUACAGAAUUUAUUACAGAAUAUUUGUGAUUAUAUUAUUUGCUUAAGUUUUAUCGCUUCACUAAACACAUGUCAUCCCGUGGUCGCGGAUAUGGCGGCGGCUAUAGUGGCAGAGGGAGCUAUAGUGGCCGAGGCAGUGGCUACAGGGGCACAUACCGUGGUAGCAGCAACAGAGGCUCGUAUGAAACCCGGGGUGGACGUGGCGGUGGCAGCUACUCUUCUUACAGCAAUGAGUCUCGUUACAAUAGCAAUAGUGGAAACAGAUACAAUUCAGGCCGGGAUAGAAUUGAUGAACCAUAUAAGAAAACUUACAGAUCAGAAAGCUCUGCUAGUUAUUCUAAUCGUGAUUAUGGCCGAUCAGGAUCACCCGAGCGCAAAAGGAUGAGAAUUGAGGGAUCCUCGAGUGAUAGACGUAGCCAUGAUGGCGGCAGUCAUUACGGCGGAUCGUACGGCGGUAGACAAGAAAGUUACAGCGGGGAAAGGAGAUCAUUUGGCGGUGAAGAUAGAAGACGUUCACCGACCCGUGAGACUUACCGCAAGCCAAGUGGCAUGGGUCCGCCGCGCGAGCCGCCCCGCGCGUCGACGCGGCCGCGAGCGGCGCGGAGAUCGUUCCGCGGUCGCACGAUGCGUUCGCGAGCCUCCUUCCGCGGCGCACCGCGUUCGCGUGCCACUUUUUCCUCUAGGCGAUUCGCUGAUAGAUCGCUCGGAUAUUCCCGCGUGUUCAGAUCUAUCAAAGGGCGAAGCUCUGUGAAGUCCAAAGAGAAUGCUUCCUCAACUGAAGAGGAUUGGGAUGAUGAUGACAAAGAAGAGACUACUGAAGAAAAAAAAGGAUCCAAGAGUAAAUCUCCAAAGCCUGACGAAGAAGAAGCAUCAGAUGUUGAACAAGAUGGAGGUGAGGACACUGACAAAGAACCGGACACGGCGUCAGAAGCGGCUCCUCCGCGCGUCCCUGCCUAUGUUCAUUUGGCAUGCGUACAUUGCAAGGAAAAAUGCGCUACAUUCGCUGGUUACGCGAAGCACCUUCUGACCGGCAAGCACCGCGCGGCGAUGUCUGCGGUGGCGCGGCGGCACAAGGCGCAGCUGCUGCGCAUGCGCGUGGCGCAGCGAGGCGCCCAGCGCGAGCUGGAGGCGGCGGCCGGCGCGGAGCUGGCGGCGCGCACCACGUUCUGCCUCGUGUGCCGCCUCAACCACCGCACCACGCGCCAGGCGCACAACCUCACCGACACGCACCGCGCCAUGAAGCGCUUCCUCAUGCCGUUCUGUCGCAUCUGCCGCAUCACCUUCCGCUCGCCCAUGAUUUACGAGCACCACAUAUGUUCGCUAGAUCACCUUAAGAGAAAAGCGACACAGUCCACCCACCGAGCCAGUCCAAAAGCUGAGGCUAGUGGUGAUGAGGGAAUGGAUGUUGAUUUGGAUAAUUUCAUGACUUUGGAUUCUGUUGGUGAUGUAGAUGAAGUCGAAGAUGACGAUUCUGGUGGUGAGAAAAAAGAAGAAUCAUCUCCCAAGAAACCCAAAGUGGAAAUUAAUAUUGGCAGUGAACAUAUUAAGAAACUAGAGGUGUGGUGGUGCGAGUUGUGCCGCGUGUACUUGCCGCGGGCGGAGGCGGGCGGCGCCGAGGAGGCUGAGGCGUUGCGGAGACACUGCCGCAUGCGCAUCCACCUCGGUCGCUACGUACAACACCGCGACACGCGCACCCUGCGCAAGCACGCUGAGCGCAUCCACCGCCAGCUGCAUCAGCAGAAAGAGGAAGAGAAAGAUCCUGCAAAAUCAGAUGACAUAAAUGAUAAAGUAAAAUCUGAGAAAACAGAACCUAAGGAAGAAAAUAAGAAGAAAUUAGAAAAUGGUGGAGAUACAACAAAUGCUACUGGGAGUGAAGACAAACUGUGGGCAGAUGUUGACAAGGAUAUUGGUGAACUCCUACGAGAAGUCGAUCCACAGGGCAAUGAAGGGAGUGACGAUGAUGAUGAUCUUGAUAGGUACGAUAAAUUUCGUAAGAGUGACAAGAAGUCAAAAGUUGGUGAUGGAGAAGAAAAUGAUUCUACAAUAGGGGGUGACUCUUCUUCGCAUGAGAAAAAUAAUGUUGAAGUAAAUGUGCCGGCUUGAAACUUUACAUUAAGCAAUACAAUAGAUAAGAGAUAUGAAUUCUGUAAAUGUUAAGUAUUUUAUUCUUUAAUAUUUCUGUAUCAGCUUAACAGAUACAUCCACAUUAAUAUAACCAUGGUAAUGUAUUUGGUUAAAUAAAUAAGGUA